UCCCGACUGGGUAUGCGCUUGCAGGAGACGUUCUCCGAGCACACUCGCGAUCUCGCCAUUGCGAAAUCCCCGGGCCUUUCUUACUUUGACAGUACCGAGGAUAAACUGAAGAACAUACGGAAACAACUAGAGUCAAACAGUGACAGGGAGAAGCUAGACGCCAUGAAGAGGUUGGUUGCCAUGAUAUCCAAGGGCCGCCCAGUGCCAGAGUACUUCCCUUCUGUUGUGAAGAAUGUGUCCACGCAGAACCUUGAAAUCCGCAAGCUGGUGUACAUCUACCUCCUGCGGUAUUCCUCCCAAGAGCCCGACCUUGCUCUGCUCUCAAUCAACACCUUCCAGAAGGACCUGACAGAUCCCAACCCUCUUAUAAGAGCUAUGGCUCUCCGCGUGCUUAGUGGCAUCAAGGUGGGCAUGAUUGGGGGCAUAGUUGUCAUGGGCAUCCGGAAGUGCGCAAGCGAUGUGAGCCCAUAUGUACGGAAGGCAGCGGCGUUCGCGGUACCGAAGUGCUACAGCCUCGACGCUUCCCACCUCCCCUCACUAAUCCAAGUCCUUACUACCCUCCUGCGUGACCGUUCCCCACUAUCGCUGGGUGCUACAGCUGUAGCGUUCCAAGCUGUCUGCCCAACACGGCUGGACCUCCUUCAUCCUCAUUACAGGAGACUAUGUCGCACUCUAGUAGAUAUGGACGAAUGGGGUCAGGUGGAGAUGACAAACUUGCUCAUCCGUUAUGCUCGAAGCAUGCUGGCUCGACCCACAAUCAUGAAGACCCUCGACAAGAGCGGAAAUGAGACGGGAGAGGAGUCAGUCGAUGUCGAUCCAGACCUCCAGCUUCUCAUCGCUUGUUCAGAGCCGCUGCUUCAUUCGCGCAACCCUGCUGUGGUACUCGCAGUAACGCGAGUGUUCUACUAUCUCUCCCCAUCCCCGUCGUCCUCCUCCCUUUCCACGAUAGUUCAGCCGCUGUUACGCCUGCUAACGGUUUCCAAGGAGGUCGAGCGGGUGGUCCUGGUCUAUAUCCUCGUCAUCGCGCGUCGCGCCCCCAGGCUUUUCUCUGCCUAUUAUCCGCGGUUUCUUGUCCGUUCUGACGAUAUCGCCCAGGCGAAAGAGCUAAAGGCCAAAGUCCUACUCACCAUCCUGAAUCAUGAGAACCACCAGGCCCUUCUGCGCGAGUUUAUCGAUUAUGCGAACGACACGGACGAUACGCUUGUCGGUCAUUCAAUACGGGCUAUAGGGAGGGUGGCAAGGUUGGAGCCGGACUGCACGCAGCAAUGUCUAACUGCGCUCCUGAACUUCAUCCGCUCUAAACACGACGUCCAAGUGUCCACAGCUGUCCUGGUCCUCAAAUCUCUCGUGCAAUCGCAGUCACAAUCCAAAUUCCCCGCGUUCACCAUCGGUACUGCGUCGAAUUCCAUCAUUAGCACGUUAGCAUACCGGAUAGACGAUAUCAAGCAUCCACAGGCCCGUGCGUGUGUGAUCUGGCUAGUGGGCCAGUAUGCUGCGGACGAUAGUCAGAAGGGGGAGGGAGAUGGGCUGGAGGGGAUCGCGCGGUGGGCGCCGGACGUGUUGAGGAAGGCAGUGAAGGGAUUCGUGGGCGAGUCGCCGUUGGUGAAGCUGCAGACGCUGACGCUGGCGAGCAAGCUGCUCGUGCUGUGCCCCGCACACGCGACGUUGAAGAUGCUCGCGCAGUACGUGUUCUCGCUGGCGAGGUACGAUAUGAACUUCGAUGUGCGGGACCGCGCGAGGAUGCUCUCGGCGCUCCUGGGAGGGGUGGUGCCGGGUUUGAUGAAGGGUGCUGGUGAAGAGGGAGAUGUUAUGGAGGAUAGAGGAGGGGUCGUGUUGAGGAGGGAGCAAGUCAGGCUUGUCCUGUUCGAGGGGAAGGAGGUCGGGCAAGAAGGUGAUUUCGCCGGGGUCGAUGACUCGACACCCAUCGGGACGCUCUCGGCCAUCACGAACAGAUCCUCGCUGUCCGACACGCUCCUCCCUGACUGGCUCGAGCAGGGCACGGAGCCGUCCCUGCGGGACACGGAGGACGACAUGCCGCAGGCGCCGGCGGUGCCGCACAUCUCGAGCAGUGCUGCGAGGAGCGUGGCGGCGUCGCCGGUGGUGCUGACGCCGACGGGGGGUGCGUCGCCGGCUGGGUCGAUGCCGAAGACGGGGGGCGGGAGGUUUGUGGAUUUGGAUGACUUGGAGAAGUUUUAUGCGGAAGACGAGGAGGAGGAAGAUGAUGACGGAGAUGAGAACGAGGAGGAGGAGGAUAACGAAGAGGAGAGCGGGGAGGAAGAAGAAGAGAAUGGGGAGGAAGUGGGGCAAGCGGAAGAGCCCGGAGAAAGCGCAGAAGAGGGAGCGGAGGAUGAUGAAGAAGAAGAAGGGAGCGAAACUGAAAGCGAGGAUGGAGCAGGCGAGAGGUCAAGACUGUUUACGGCGGGGCUGGAGGAUUCGGGACAGGCUCACUGGUAGUUGUCGAUCUACCGACAUUUGAUUACCAUUUAUGGCAGUGCCAUUGCCAAAUACGGGUGAUGGUGGCUUCACGCGAAUUCAGGCCGCGACCCUUUGCAGC